UCUUCCUUACUUAUCUCUCUGUUUCCACGCAGUUAACGACAUUGUUGUGGGAGAGAGGGACAUAGCUGGCAUGAGCGGGUUCGGGGAGAUAAUCGCGAGCGCCGUGGGGAAACAAGUCGCGGGCAUGCUCGGUGAACUCGCCACGGAGGAGGCCACCCUGCAGUGGAAGUUCAAAGACGAUGCUGAUGUCAUGGCGGACAAGAUGCAAGAUCUGGAGGCCGUUUUGCAUGAUGCGGAUGAUAGGCUGCGUCGACGAGGAAGAGAUGGGGAAGCUGUUGGGCGGUGGCUCACCAAAUUCAAGUCCGUCGCCUACGACGUCGAGGACGUGCUGGACGAUCUGGACGCCACCGAGCUCUUAAAGAAGAGCCAACCAAAGUUGAAGCUGUUCUUUUCCUGGAACAAUCAAAUUCUCCGGCGGAUUACCAUGCCUCACAAGCUGAAGAACCUGAGGGGGGAAAUAGAAAAAGUAGGAAAGGAGGGCCAAGCUCUCAAUCUUGUGAGAAAUCAAGAACGGGCAGAAGGGAGCAGAAACAAUGAAACUUUUGUAGGCAUCUGUGAUGAAGGCUUGAAAUCUGGAGUGGUGGGGAGGGAUAUGGAGAAGGACAAAAUAUUCAGGCUGCUGCUAAACUAUGAUGAUAACGCUAGAGAAGAUAUAUCUAUCGUCUCGAUUGUCGGGCUUGGUGGCCUAGGGAAGUCAACAUUGGCUGAAUCAGUCUUUGUCCUAGACAAAAUGGCCAACAAUUUUGAAGUCCGAGCCUGGGUCCAUGUGUCUAAGGAGCUCGAUCUGGGCAAAAUUGGGAGUGCCAUCCUCAAAAGCAUAAAUAGCAGUAUCAACCUUGACAACUGUAGUUUGCAGUUUUUACAAGAAAAUCUCAAAAAGGAACUUGCUGGUAGAAGGUACUUGAUUGUUUUGGAUGAUCUUUGGGAAGAGGAUGCGGAUAAGCUGGAAAGGCUGAAGCAGAUGUUACAACAUGGCUGCAAGGGUAGCAGAGUUAUUGUAACUACGCGGAACCAAAGGGUAGUGAAUAAAAUGAGCACCGGUGUUCUUGCGAACCAAAGGAAAAUUUGUCCCGUGCCCAACUCUGAUCAAAUCAACUUGUGUGUAUUAUCAACUGAUGACUGUUGGGAAGUAAUGAAGCAAACAACAUUUGGGCCUGAUGAUGACAAAAGUGACUUGAAAGAAAUUGGAAGGAAAAUUGCAGAGAAGUGUGGGGGUGUACCACUCGUGGCAAUUGCCCUUGGGCAAGUAAUGUCCGAGUUAAGGACUGCCGAGGCAUGGAAAAAAAUAAGAGAUACGGACAUCGAUUUAGGUCACAGAGAUCACAAGGACACAUUGGAGCGCCUCAUGCUAAGCUAUUACUACAUGAAGCUGGAAUUCAAAAUGUGCUUCACAUAUUUGGCGGCCUUUCCCAAGGGCUUUGUUAUAGACAGUGAUCGUCUAAUUCAGCAAUGGAAGGCUCUUGGAUACAUUCAUGGGGAUGACGGUAAAAGGUGCAUUAACUACCUUAUGGGGAUGUCAUUUCUUCAAAUUUCAAGGUCCUCCGCGAUUAGGUCAAGUCCAGUGCAUGCCAAUGCUCCUCGAGAGCUCACAAUGCAUGAUUUGGUGCACGAUCUUGCAACGAUAAUUUUGGGUCAUGAAUCUAUUGUUCUAAAUGCUACUGAUCCGAGGACUAGGAAGAAAGCAAAACGUCGUUAUUGCCGACAUGCACAGUUGAUCAACUACCAGAAUCAGUAUAAGGUUUUCAAUUAUCUGCCAGGCAACAUCAGAUCCUUCCAUGUAAGACAUUCAGAGAAACAGCAGCUUCCCCAAAAGGCAUUUUCCAGAACCAAGUACAUACGGGUCUUGGACAUAAGUGGAUGUUUAGUUGUGGGGCAAUCUACUCCAAGCAACAUACUUUUGCCAUGUUCCGUGCUUCAGUUGAAGCUACUUAGGUACCUUGAUGCCUCUAGCCUGCCAAUCACAUCACUUCCUGAGUCUUUCCAUUCACUUCAAAAUAUGGAAACUCUAAUUCUGUCCAAUUGCUCACUUGCAACCUUGCCUGACAGUAUCUGUAGCCUCAACAAACUCUGCUAUUUGGACCUAGCUGGCAAUGCGAGCCUCAGUAAGCUCCCUGACAAUUUUCAUCUUCUUAACAAACUCAUGUUCCUAAACAUGUCUAGUUGUUCCAAGCUAACCGAACUUCCUGACAAUUUUAGCCUGGAGUGUUUAGAACAUUUAAACCUAUUAGGUUGUCAUGAGAUAAAAAAUCUACCACAAGAUUUCGGCAAUCUUGAAAAUCUUAGGUUCUUGAACCUUUCUGAUUGCUACAAGAUUUCAGUUCUACCAGAAUCAUUUUGCCAACUGAAGCAUUUGAAAGACCUAAACCUUUCAGAUUGCCGUGCCCUUAUAGUACUCCCUGAGUGUUUUGGCGACCUUUCAGAACUUGAAUCUUUGAACGUAACAAGUUGCCCCAGGCUAGUACGGUUGCCUGAGUCAGUCUGCAAGAUGACUAAUCUGAAGUGUCUCAAUUUGUCAUAUUGCUUAGGGAUGCUAGAGCUCCCCUUGUCACUAGGUGAUCUUAAUCUCCAAAUAUUGGACAUUUCUGCUGGUGCUCUCGGUCACUUGCCAGAUAGCAUCAGUAAAAUGGCUAGUCUCACCCAAUUUGUGGUCACGUCAGGACAUCCUAGGGUAUUUGGAGAAGCCCAGGAAAUUAAGAAGAGUCUAAAUUUACCAGGCCGCACAGUACACGGAGUACGCAACACAGGAAGAUACAACAGUAUUGUUGAGCUUGGACAUGUGAAUUGCCCUGAGCUGUUAAUUCGAUCGCUUCAGCGUGUCAAGAGACCGGAAGAUGCAGAGACAAUCAAGCUGCGUGAUAAAUCAUGUCUUAGACAGCUAGCUCUCCAUUGGAAUCAGAAGAAUAUGAAUGCUGAUGCAUCCUCGGCUGAAUCUAUUUUGGAGAGGCUCAUACCAGCUCGAAAUCUUGAACAGUUUAUGAUACAAGGGUAUAUGAGCAAGGGUUUCCCUAACUGGAUGUCGCACAUAUCCUCCCACCUCCCUUCUGUUACCUAUCUGAGUCUUUUUGAUUUAGGUGCAUGUGAUAAUCUUCCUCCAUUUGGGCAGCUACCAAAUUUAAGAAGUCUAUAUCUGCAGAAAAUUCCCAACGUCACGAAAAUUGGCAAGGAAUUCUAUGGAGAGGGUGGAACUUGUACGAAAUUAAGAUUGCUACAGUUGAAGUCGAUGGACAAUUUGGUGGAAUGGUGGACAACACAGACAGGCGAAGAAGAUGGAGAAUUUUUAAUCCCUAAUUUGCAUAAUCUAGAGUUGAAGGACUGCCCAAAGUUGAAGUUCCUACCAUAUCCCCCCAGAAGUAUGUUUUGGAUCUUGGACAAUAGCAACGAGGCUUUGGCAGGACCAAGACUUGGAUUUUGGGAACUCUCGUCUUCCACUCUUCCUUGUCGCAUGGGUAUAAAAAAUUGCAUCUUUCGUUCUUCCGAGUGGUGCAUACUACAGCAAUUCCCCGCUCUCGAAGAAUUCUCAUUGACCUCCUGCCGCGGCUUGAGGGCCUUGCCAGAGGCCAUUAGCUGCUUCACCUCUCUCAAAAAACUAAGUUUGAUGUCGUUGGAGGACCUUGAGAUGCUGCCGGAUUGGUUGGGAUAUCUCCCUUCUCUACAAGUCUUGGGCAUAAAAGAUUGUCGCAAUUUAAGAAUAUUGCCUGCAAGUAUGGGAAAUCUCACUGCUCUGAGAGUACUAAUGCUUCUCGAGUGCGAAGGACUAUAUAGAUUGCCGGAAUGGCUAGGACAGUUCAGUUCCCUGCGAGAACUUCACAUCAGAGACUGUUCCAACAUCACAUUUUUGCCUGAAAGCAUAAGAAACCUUACUGCCCUGGAGGAAUUGUACAUUUCUGGAUGUUCAAGUCUGGUCCAUAGGUCCCGAAGGGAGGAUGCAUGUAAGGUUUCUCACAUCCGUAAAGUAAUAUUAGAGCCAGAGGAAGAACCAAAUGAAGAAGGACAAGAAGAAUUAUUAGCGCAAGAAGAAGGACAAGAAGAAUUAGAGUAUGCACAGGAAUCAUGUAUGGAUAGCCUAUGGAGAGAAUUAAGUGAAAGAUGGUCAAGACAUAGAGAGGACCGAGAAGAACUAGAGAUGUCGGACUCAGACUCUGAACAUCUCUAUCGUUUUGGGCAAGAAGAUUCAGAAAAUGAGGAUGACGAGCAAGAAUAUUGGGCAAACGAGGAUGACAAGCAAGAAGAUUGAUACCUAUAAGAUCUCAGUAGUUUGCUAUCAACAUAUGCCGAAUAGUGAGUUGCUGUGGAGACCUCUGUAAUUUGCAAUCACAAUCUUAUAGGUACUCAACUACAAAGUUACUCCCUCUGAUCCAAAAUAAGUGUCGUGGUUUUAGUUGAUCGGAGGGAGUACCAAGUACCAAUUUUCUUUUUCAAGAAAUAUAGUACAAAGCAGAGCUUACAUACACGCAUGUACAAUCUGACCAUGAUGUUAUCCGUAAAAAAAAAAUACCGC